AUGGUCGAUCAUAAGAAUGUACCCUCACACUUUUUAGGUGGCAACACGGUUGACGCUGCACCUGAAGGCGCCGUCCGCGACUACGUCAAACAACACGAGGGCCAUACUGUCAUUAGCAAAGUAUUGAUUGCCAACAAUGGUAUGGCUGCCAUGAAAGAAAUCCGAUCGGUUCGCAAAUGGGCCUAUGAAACGUUUGGCAACGAACGUGCCAUUGAGUUCACUGUCAUGGCCACGCCCGAAGAUUUGUCCGCAAACGCCGAGUAUAUCCGCAUGGCCGAUAACUACGUCGAAGUGCCUGGCGGUUCCAACAAUAACAACUAUGCCAACGUUGAACUGAUUGUCGAUGUUGCUGAACGCACGGGUGUCCAUGCCGUAUGGGCUGGCUGGGGCCACGCAUCAGAAAACCCACGAUUGCCCGACAUGCUCGCAAAGAGCAAAAACAAGUGUGUGUUCAUUGGUCCACCGGCAUCGGCUAUGCGUUCGUUGGGUGACAAGAUCUCCUCUACGAUUGUUGCUCAGAGCGCAGAUGUGCCCACCAUGGGCUGGAGCGGUGAUGGCAUCUCCGAGACUGGCCAGAGCGCAGAAGGCCACGUUGUUGUGCCCGAGCAUGUUUAUAUGGAUGCAUGCGUUCAGACGGCCGAGGCCGGUCUCAAGUCUGCCGAGAAGAUUGGCUACCCCGUCAUGAUCAAGGCAUCCGAAGGUGGUGGCGGUAAAGGUAUCCGUAAGGUGGAAGACCCUGCCAACUUUAAACAAGCAUUCGCCCAAGUCCAAGGUGAAAUCCCGGGCUCGCCCAUCUUUAUCAUGAAGCUGGCCGGCAACGCCCGUCAUUUGGAAGUCCAGCUGUUGGCCGAUCAGUACGGUAACGCAAUCAGUUUGUUCGGCAGAGACUGUUCGGUUCAGCGCCGUCACCAAAAGAUCAUUGAAGAAGCUCCCGUGACGAUUGCCAAGCCCGAUGUGUUUGAACAAAUGGAAAAGGCUGCUGUGCGUUUGGGUAAACUGGUCGGUUAUGUGUCUGCCGGUACGGUCGAGUACCUGUACAGUCACCAGGAUGAAAAGUUUUACUUUUUGGAACUGAACCCGAGAUUGCAAGUCGAGCAUCCGACCACCGAAAUGGUCUCUGGCGUCAACCUGCCUGCCGCCCAGCUGCAGAUUGCCAUGGGCAUCCCGCUCCACCGUAUCCGUGACAUCCGUGUCCUCUAUGGCGGUCAGCCCAACAGCGCCUCGACCAUCGACUUUGACUUUAGCAACCCCACAUCCUUCGAAGUCCACCGCCGACCCGUCCCCAAGGGCCACGUCAUUGCGGUCCGUAUCACUGCCGAGAACCCAGACGCAGGAUUCAAACCCUCGUCCGGUAUGAUGCAAGAACUCAACUUCCGCUCCUCGACCAACGUUUGGGGUUAUUUCUCAGUCGUCUCGGCCGGUGGCCUGCACGAGUAUGCCGAUUCACAGUUUGGCCAUAUCUUUGCCUAUGGCGAGAACCGUCAACAGGCCCGCAAGAACAUGGUCAUUGCCUUGAAGGAACUGUCCAUCCGUGGCGAUUUCCGCACCACAGUCGAGUACAUUGUCCGUUUGUUGGAGACCCAGGACUUUGAGGAAAACACCAUCAAUACUGGCUGGUUGGAUAUGCUCAUCUCCAAGAAGCUGACUGCCGAGCGUCCUGAUCCCAUGCUCGCCGUCUUUUGCGGUGCUGUCACCAAGGCCCACACCUUGUCCCAAGAAUGUCGUCAGCAGUACAAGCAAAACUUGGAGCGCGGUCAAGUGCCUGGCCGUGACAUGCUCAGAACUGUCUUCACCGUCGAUUUCAUCUACGAAGACCUGCGCUACAACUUUACCGUCACCCGUUCAGCUCCCAGCAUCUAUACCUUGUACUUGAACGGCAGCAAGACCCAGGUCGGUGUUCGUGAACUGACUGAUGGCGGUCUUUUGGUCUCCGUCGGUGGCAAGUCGCACACCACCUACUCGCGUGAAGAGGUCCAGGCCACGCGUUUGAUGAUUGAUGGCAAGACCUGCUUGUUGGAAAAGGAAAGCGAUCCUACCCAGUUGCGUAGUCCUUCGCCUGGUAAAUUGGUCAGCUUGUUGUUGGAGAAUGGUGACCACAUCAAGGCCGGUCAAGCUUAUGCUGAAAUUGAGGUCAUGAAAAUGUACAUGCCUUUGGUUGCAACCGAGGACGGUCAUGUUCAGUUCAUCAAGCAGGUCGGUGGUACCUUGGAAGCCGGUGAUAUCAUUGGUAUCCUCUCUCUGGAUGACCCCAGCCGUGUCAAGACCACUUUGCCCUUCACUGGCACUGUGCCCGCAUUCGGUCCUCCUCACAUCACUGGCGAGAAACCCAUGCAGCGCUUCCAGGCCACCAAGCGCACCUUGGAAUACAUCUUGCAAGGCUACGACAACCAAGCUCUUGUUCAGACUGCUGUCAAGGAUUUGACCGAAGUUUUGCGCAACCCCGAACUUCCUUACUCGGAAUUCGCUGCUCUCAUGUCGGCCAUUUCCAGCCGCUUGCCAGCCCGCCUUGAGCAAAGCUUGCACGACCUUUUGGACACCAAGCCCGUUGAUUUCCCCGCUCAGGAAUUGCUCAACCGUAUCGACGCAUACAGUCGCGACAACGUCUCGACUCAGGCCGAAGCAAGUGCUUUGAAGACCAUUGUCGAACCCAUGGUCAGCAUCUUGGAACGCUACAGCAAGGGCUUGAAGCAUCACGAGUAUUUGGUCUAUGUCGAGUUGAUGGAACAAUACUAUGACGUCGAAAUUUUGUUCAGUGGGGCCCAGCAGCGUGAUGAGGAAGUGAUCCUUUCAUUGCGUGACCAGAACAAGGACGAUCUCGAAAAGGUCUUGGCCAUCGUUUUGUCGCAUGCCAAGGUUUCAAGCAAGAAUACGCUGGUCUUGAUCCUUUUGGAUCUGGUCUCGCCCUCGGUCGGUGGCACGCUCGACAAGUUCUUCAUGUCCAUCCUCAAACGCUUGUCCGAAAUCGACAGCCGUGCCACACAAAAGGUCACUCUCAGAGCCCGUGAGUUGUUGAUCUUGUGCCAGUUGCCAUCGUACGAAGAACGCCACAGCCAAAUGUACCAGAUUUUGAACAACUCGGUCACCGAAAGCGUUUAUGGUGGUGAUAUCGAACGCCGUACGCCAAGCUAUGAUGCGUUCAAGGAUCUGAUUGACACCAAAUUCAAUGUCUUUGAUGUUUUGCCAAACUUCUUCUACCACGCCGAUCCCUACAUUGUCUUGGCUGCCUUGGAAGUUUACUGCCGUCGUUCGUACCAUGCCUACAAGAUCUUGGACGUUGCCUACAACUUGCAGCGUGAACCCUAUGUGAUUGCCUGGAAGUUCUUGCUCCAGACCGCUACAUCCAACGUUGACAACAAGCGUAUUGCUUCGUACUCUGACUUGACUUUCUUGUUGAACAACACCGAAGAGGAACCCGUCCGUACGGGUGCCAUGACUUCUUGCCGCUCUUUGGAGGAAGUGCAAAAGGAAUUGCCUCGUAUCUUGACCGCAUUCGAAGAAGAAGAGUUGCCUGCUAUGCUCAAGAACAACCAGCAGCGUCCCAAGCCCCAGGCUCGCAUGGAGAACAUUUUGAACAUUGCUGUUCAGAGCCAAGAUGCCGACAAGGACGAUGCUUACUGGCGUCCCAAGAUUGCUGAGGUCAUUAGCCAGCACAAGGACGAAUUCCGUCGCGCUCAUUUGCGUCGUAUCACCGUGAUUGUCUGCCGUGAGGACCAGAUGCCCGAUUUCUACACCUUCCGCGAGCGUGAAGAUUACAUUGAAGACGAGACUAUCCGUCACGUUGAACCUGCUUUGGCCUACCAGCUCGAAUUGGCCCGUCUGUCGAACUUUGACAUCAAGCCCUGCUUCAUUGAGAACCGUCAGAUGCAUGUCUACUAUGCAGUUGCCAAGGAAAAUCCAUCGGACUGCCGCUUCUUUGUCCGUGCUUUGGUCCGCCCUGGCCGUGUCAAGAGCUCGAUGCGCACUGCUGAUUACUUGAUCUCGGAGUCGGAUCGCUUGUUGACCGAUAUUUUGGACACGCUGGAAAUUGUCAGCCACGAGUACAAGAACUCUGACUGUAACCACUUGUUCAUCAACUUUAUCCCCACGUUCUCAUUGGAAGCCGAUGAAGUCGAGACUGCGCUCAAAGAGUUUGUUGACCGCCACGGCAAGCGUUUGUGGAAGUUGCGUGUCACUGGUGCCGAAAUCCGCUUCAACAUUCAGCCCAAGCGACCCGAUGCCCCCAUCAUCCCCAUGCGUUUCACUGUCGACAACGUUUCUGGCUACAUCCUCAAGGUCGAUGUCUAUCAAGAAGUCAAGACUGACAAGAGCGGAUGGGUGUUAAAGUCAGUGGGCCGUAUUCCUGGCGCCAUGCACAUGCAGUCAUUGUCGCAGCCCUACCCUACCAAGGAAUGGUUGCAGCCUCGCCGUUACAAGGCUCACUUGAUGGGCACCACCUAUGUGUAUGACUUCCCCGAGCUGUUCCAGCAAGCCAUCCAUAUCCAGUGGGCACAGGCCGUCAAGAACGACCCCAGUUUGAAGGAGCCUCGUCAGUUGGUGGAGGGCAAGGAAUUGGUCUUGGACGAUGAUGGUUCGAUCCAAGAAAUCGAUCGUGCACCCGGUACAAACACUGUUGGUAUGGUUGCCUGGUUGUUGACCCUGCGCACACCUGAAUAUCCCUCUGGCCGCCGCAUUGUCGUGAUUGCCAACGACAUUACCUUCAAGAUCGGUUCCUUUGGCGUCGCUGAAGACCAGGUGUUCUACAAGGCUUCUGAACUUGCUCGCAACUUGGGUAUUCCACGCAUCUACUUGUCUGCCAACUCUGGUGCUCGUAUCGGCUUGGCCGACGAGCUGAUCAGCCAAUUCAAGGCAGCAUGGAAGGAUCCUCAGAACCCUGCUUCGGGUUUCAAGUAUCUCUACUUGACUCCUGAAACCUACCAGUCAUUGAGCCAGAAUGGCAACGGCAAGUCCGUCAAUGUUGAAGAGAUCGAGGACGAAGGCGAAAAGCGUUGCAAGAUUACUGACGUUAUCGGCUACACCGACGGUCUUGGUGUCGAAAAUCUCAGAGGAUCUGGCUUGAUUGCCGGUGCCACUGCCCGUGCUUAUGACGACAUUUUCACAAUCACCUUGGUGACUUGUCGUUCCGUCGGUAUUGGUGCCUACUUGGUGCGUCUUGGUCAGCGUGCUGUCCAGAAUGAGGGCCAGCCCAUUAUCCUGACCGGUGCUCCUGCCUUGAACAAGGUGUUGGGUCGUGAAGUUUACACAUCCAACUUGCAGCUCGGUGGCACCCAAAUCAUGUACAAGAACGGUGUUUCGCACUUGACUGCCGAAAACGAUCUGGAAGGUGUUGGCAAGAUUGUACAAUGGCUCUCGUUCGUGCCCGAGUUCCGUGGUGCUCCCGUCACCACUCGCAUUGGUGCUGAUCCUAUCGACCGUGAGGUAGAGUACUUACCUCCCAAGGGUCCCUCCGAUCCUCGUCUGUUCUUGAACGGCAAGAGCGAGAAUGGCAAGUGGUUGAGCGGUUUCUUCGAUCGCGACUCGUUUAUCGAAACUUUGAGCGGCUGGGCUCGUACUGUCGUCGUUGGUCGUGCUCGUUUAGGUGGUAUUCCUAUGGGUGUUGUCGCCGUCGAAACCCGCACUGUCGAAAACAUCAUCCCGGCUGAUCCUGCUAACGCCGAUUCUACCGAACAAGUUUUCAUGGAAGCCGGUGGUGUCUGGUACCCCAACUCUGCAUACAAGACCGCUCAGGCCAUCAACGACUUUAACAAGGGUGAACAGCUGCCUUUGAUGAUCUUUGCCAACUGGCGUGGUUUCUCUGGCGGUCAGCGCGACAUGUACAACGAAGUCUUGAAGUAUGGUGCCCAAAUUGUCGAUGCAUUGAGCAACUACAAGCAGCCCGUGUUUGUCUACUUGGUUCCCAACGGUGAACUUCGUGGUGGCGCUUGGGUCGUUAUUGAUACCACUAUCAACCAGGACAUGAUGGAAAUGUACGGUGACGUACAAGCCCGUGGUGGUGUCUUGGAACCCGAAGGUAUCGUCGAAAUCAAGUACCGUAAGCCUCAAUUGUUGGCUACCAUGGAACGUCUGGACGAACGUUACGCUUCGUUGAAGCGCCAAUUGGAUGAAGCUUCUGAUGAAGCCAAGAAGACCGAGUUGAAGAAGCAGAUCGAAACCCGUGAACAAGAACUGUUACCCGUUUAUCAACAGAUCGCCGUCCAGUUUGCCGACUUGCACGAUCGUGCUGGCCGUAUGGAAGCCAAGGGUGUCAUUCGCAAGCCUCUUGAAUGGCGUUACUCGCGUCAAUACUUUUACUGGCGUGUGCGUCGCAGACUCGGUGAGGAGUAUGCUAUCCGCAAGAUCGUUGAAGCUUCUCCCAAGAUGUCUCGUGAGGCCAUGUGCUCUUUGUUGAAGCAAUGGUUCGUCUCGGAUAACGACAUUGCCUCGUCGGCUGCUGAGCAGGUCUGGCAGCAACAGGAUGAAAAGGUCGCCGAAUGGUUCGACAAGCGCGCUCCAUUGAUUGACCAGCGUAUUGCCAAGAUCAAGAGCGAAGCUACCAAGGAACAGGUCGUCACUCUCGGUACCGCCGACCAGGACGCUGUCAUUGAAGGUUUCUCAAAACUGAUCGAGAACAUGAGCGUUGAGGCCCGCAAGGAAACUCUUCGCAAACUCGCCACUCGCUUCUAA